AUGGAAUCCAGCCUCCCAAUUCCCAGCAUGAACUUCCAAGACCUGACAUCAGGCCUCGCCACUCAGCAAGGCCAACGGCAGCUGUUUGUGGCUCUGGCUUGGGUAACGGGCAUAUAUGUCUUCAGCAAGCUGAUGUUGAUGGGUCGACGAGCCAAGAACCUUCCUCCCGGUCCAUCGACUCUCCCCAUCCUUGGAAACAUCCACCAGAUCCCCGUUACGGGACUGCAUGCCAAAUUCCUGCAGUGGGGCGAACAAUAUGGUGGCAUCUUUUCUCUCAAGAUAGCUUCGAGUACUAUGAUCGUCCUGUUUGAUCGCAAAGCAGUUCAUGAUCUCGUCGACAAGAAAGGAGUCAUUUACUCAGAGCGCCCACCGAACCACGUUGCCGACAUUGUCACUCAUGGCGAUAGUUUCGCCUUUAUGAACAACACUCCCUUGUACCGUGAGCAGAGAAAGGUCGCUUCGCAUAAUCUCUCGCCUCGUAUCCUGGAUGAAAAGGUUGGACACAUUCAAGACGCAGAAAUCACUAUUCUUCUUCGCGACCUUCUCGCCACUCCAGCGGACUUCUAUCAUCAUAUUAUGCGCACUACCUGUUCGGUUGCCUGCAUCAUGGUCUGGGGCCAGCGAGGUGCUACUUAUGACUCUUUCUUUGGUCGUUGUGUCUACGACGCAAUGGAAUCAUACAGCGAGUCUCUCGAACCCGGCGCCAACCCACCAGUCGACGACUUUCCAUUCCUCAAGUAUCUUCCAGACUUCAUGAGCCCGUGGAGAAUCCGUGCUCAGCGGUCGUAUCAUGCGAUGGAUCAGACAUGGAAGAAGGCCAGAGAGUUAUCUGAUGCCAGAAGAGAUCGAGUUGGAUCUCGCAACUGCAUCGCUGAUAAAAUGCUUGAGGACGCUAAGCUAAGCGACAAGAUGUCAGACCAACAACUCAACCACUUUCUUGGGGUUUUGGUCGAGGGAGGGGCCGAGACUACAUCGUCUUCUAUCCUGACCAUGAUUCACUGCUUGUCAAGACAUCCUGAGCAUCAACGCCGAGCCCAGGAAGAGCUUGACGCUGUCUGUGGGACUGGCAGAAUGCCCGAAUGGUCGGAUUUCAAGGAGCUACCUUACAUCAACUGCAUUGUCAAGGAAGGCCUACGAUGGCACCCAGUACUGCCUUUGGGAGUUCCUCAUCGCGUAGCCAAAGAUGACUGGUACGACGGAAUGCUCAUCCCAAAAGACGCCACCGUUAUCAUUCCCUCAUACGCAAUCCAUCGAUCAGAGCAAAUGAAGUACACGAACCCGGAUACGUUCGACCCAAGUCGCUACGUCAACCACCCACGCCUGGCAAGUGACUAUGCAGGUAGUCCCGACUUCAACAACCGAGAUCACUAUGGCUAUGGCGCAGGCCGUCGUAUCUGCCCCGGCAUGCACCUCGCAGAGCGAACACAGUGGCGAGCCAUUGCCAAGAUUCUCUGGGCAUUUGACAUAGAGCUUGCUGUCGAUCCAGCAACGAGACAGAAAAUUGUUCCUGAUCCGGAGGCUUUCAAGGAAGGAAUUGCGCAUGGACCUCGACCAUUCAAAGUUGUGUUCAAACCUCGCAGUCAAGCACAUAUGGAUACUAUCCUCCGGGAGGCGGAGCAGAGCCUUGAUGAGGUGGCCAAGUGGGAUUGA